GGAUGGGAGGAGGUGGUCAGUUUCCUGUUUUAGUUGAGAGGGUUGUUCCCCCACCUGGGAUUCAGUGCAGGAGAGAGAACCCCCAGGCACAAAUGAGGGGCAGAUCCUGCCUGAACCACUAUGAGGUACGCGCCGGAGAUGAAGAAGUCACCACCACAUGUGCUGAAGAAAUUUGCAGUGUGUGACAUCCCGCUGUAUGACAUCUGUGACUACAAUGUCUCCAGGGACCGCUGCAAGGAGCUGGGCUGCUGCUUCUACAAGGGUGUCUGCUACGAGAAGGCUGUUCCCAUUUAUGUGCAGAUCUUCUCUGCCUUGAUUGUCCUCAUCGCUGGGGCCUUCAUCAUCACCAUCAUCUACAGAGUGGUCCAGCAGAGCAGGAGGGAGAAGGAGGCUGCCACGGAGGUCACCCUGGUGUCCAAGAGCAGUGAGAAGCCUGAGACGGUUCCAUCUUGGGGCGAGCCCGAGCCGCAGCCUAUGAUUCAGUCCCCCGAGGCGGACGAAGACCAGACCGGUAGGAGAGCUGCCCAGUGCUGUGACUACCGACCACGUGACCUCUGACCUGACCCCUCCUCC